AAAUGAAGUUAGUCAACCAUCUCUCGUCGGGUCGGGUUAAAGUGACAUAGAGAAAUGCGAAACUUUCAUUAAGAUUGCGCGCUGCACGGUGUCAAGUGCGAUUAUAAGCAACUUUGUGGCAGGGCGCGCGGUGAGAGCGCGGCCCGGUUGCGACCGGUCGGCCCCUCCAGCGGCGUACGCGCACACGCCGCUCUGCGCCGCCGACGUCGCGACGCUCGCUCGCUGCGCACCCGUGUGCGCUACACACUUACCACCGCGAUUCCCGGAUUUUCUUCGCUAAUGUGUGAAGUCUGACCGACAAGUGAUUCGGAACGUUGUUGAGUGAUAUUCUGAAAUUUACAUUUGGAACAAGAAAUAGGAUUCGAGUCUGAGAGCGGUGUUCGAUAACAGCGCCGUCGCGCGUUGUACGCGGCAUGGCAGCGGACGUGGUUGGCGAGGACUUUGUCACCAUAGUUCCAGUGGGCGAGAGUCGGCCCGCUCCCAAGGAGUCUCCAGAGUCAAGAAGUACUUUUGUCACCGUGUUGACGGUGGGAGCAGCGGCGGGCGCGGCGGAUGUGGUCGUGCGCCGGCCGCGAGGCGCGCGCCUUGGGCUAGGACUCAAGUUUGAAGGAGGAUCUGCUGCAGCGGAAAAGGUCAGAAGACUUCUAGUUCAGUCAUGCGCCGAAGACAGCCCAGCAGCUAACGCUAUCGCACCAUGGGGUAAACUAAUACCGGGUGACGAAAUACUUGCGAUCGAUGGCAUCUCCGUCGCAGAAUUGACUAGAAUAGACUGUGUUCGCAGACUAAAAGAUUCUGACGAAAAGCUGACCUUACUCGUACGACACUUUGAAACCACGAACGAAUCUGAAAAAGAUAUGACAAUGGUGGACUCGAUAGCAUCAGGCAAACAACCGAUAGAAAUAACAAGACCUACAACUUUGCCGCCACCAGUUCCACCAAGAAAAUUGGGCAAGAAAAACUCAUUUAAAGACAAACCAACUCUUCAAACUGUUGGUGAACAGAAUGCAAUUUUGUACACUGGGGGACAUGACAAAGACAAUAUAAUAAAUGGACAACAGAAUGGAGCUACUUCUAAUUUCACAAAAUUAUCAAGAAAAUCUUCUUUUGAUAGCCAUAUACAUCGGCAAGGCAAAGAGGGAAUAGCUUACUUAAAAAAAGGUUCCCCGGAAGAAGCUAGACGCCUUGUGCGUCGUCUGUCCGACGGUAAAACAAUGCCUCCAGAUGCCGAGGUCUACAUAGACUUACUUUCAACAGAAUGGGAACGCUGUCUAGCACUCGCAGAUGCAGAGUCAGAUGAUACAGGCAGUUCAAUCUCAACGGUGGUAGACCGACUGGGAUCUAUGGCUAACUCUGUAGAAAACAGUAUUCCGUCCACUCCUACUAUGCAACCGAAGACCAUAGAUAUACAAAAAGUCUUAAACUGCAUUGAAAACAUUGAUUCUAAUAUUUUAAACGAUAUAUCAAGUACGAGGUUCCUAGAAAAGGACAAAUUCGAUAUUAAGGAAGAAUCUAAAUUCAACGAUAAAAAUGCAAAUAUCAAAAGUUUUAGUAACCACGAGACUUUGAGACAAAUUACUCAGUUGUCAGAUGAUACGACUACACCGGUUAAAAAACUUGAGUCUAAUGAUAAAAAUAACAACAACACUAUUCUCCACAGUACUGUAGAACACAGUGAAACCUGUAAGACGACAGAAAAAAUGGAAAUCAAGACUGAAACCAUAGUUGAAAAGCCUAAACCAAUGCCAAGAAAUACUAAAAUUGAGCGUUCUGUGAGUGAAAAGAAGCCGAGACCUAUUCCUAUUCCAGAAAUUCCUCCGCCGCCAGUACUGGAGCCACUUUUAACACCAACAAAGAAAAAUUGUAUCGAAACGUGGUUGCAACGAUCCGAAGCCGAGAUGAAAAAUAAGCCACCUGUAAAAAUGGAAGAGGCUCCACCGCCUGAAGCCUUACCUCGAUUGAUAGACUUUGUUCCCAAGACCCAUUAUAAAGAAUGUGGCACCGACUCGGCGCCAUCGCUGCCGAGACCGACCACGGCGCCGCCGCCGCCGCCUCCACCGGCGGACCCACGGGAGGACGGCUCCGGCGCUUCUCUCGACACCAUUGGCGACUUCGACGAGAGCUGCGAUGUCACUGAUAAUGCAAAACCAGCCGUAAUAGAAAACGAAACACGCGAUCGAAAAUCAACAUUCGACAGCAGCUUUUGGGAAGAUCGGGUCAAUAAAAGCGAUGCCGAAGACAAAAGUCUCUCUAAUGAUGAGACUCCCCUGCCGACGUGCCCUCGGCAGCCACCCGAUGGGGUAGAAACGCCAGCGGACGCCGUAGAGAAUGCUCCCGAGCUUCCGUCACGGCUACCACCCCGACUACCCGCCGGCUGGCCAACCACGCGCACCCGCUACUCAUACACUUCGAGGACGCAGGAUGCGAGAAGUGAAGCCAGUGUGAAAGACAAGAUAGCUAUGUUUUCAAAUGAUCGUGCUCCUUCAUCAGAUCAAUUGGAUAGCUGUGGGACUUUACCAAAAAAUUUAACAGUCCCCAGAAAAAGCACGACGUCGUACACAAACACCUACAACGAAGUCUCAUCUCUGGAUAGACGAUUGACCAAGUCUCAAGAUAAUCUCGAUGAAGUACCAAGGUCAUAUAAAAGACAUUCGGAGCGUCCAGAGGUACUAGGAGCCAUAGAAAGCAAGGUUAGGACGUCGAGUAAGGAAACUGCUCAAACCUUGAGUCCUCGACCAAUGGACAAUAAACCUCUGUUUUAUGGCAGUACAACUACUUUACCAUCGAAUGUAGAAAAAACGUUUAGCCAGCCAGUGUAUCAUGCUCGCAGUAUAAGUGAUGACAAUGGUGAUAAAAGUGUACACAAAUCCAAUCUAGAAUAUUUAAUUGAACAAAGAAAAAAAUCUUUGUCUAAGCUCAGGGGGUUGGUAAUACCUGAAGUGCAAUCGCCAAUAGUAGAUUUACCUGAAAUUAAAGUGCAGGAUAAUAUAUCGAAAUCGUUUAUAUACAAGUCAAAUCUGAAUACGAGUAUAAGCAAUAAGGAGACCACAACAAGUCACAAGAAGAUAAUUGAUUUAAAUGAAAGUAAUUGGAAAACGAAUCUUUUACCAAAUAAUCUACCCAAGUAUUCACCAGCUUUUAAAAGAAAGUCUUUACAGGUGUAUACACCUUCUUCAUUGUCGAAAGAGUCUACGCCUGAAAGGAAAUUCAACGAAAAAGUCGAUGCUCUUAAUAAGCUUAAUAGUAAAACUUUUGCACCAAGACCUGCUCGGACAACAUCUGAUGUAAAAAAUGGAACGUUACCGGCUAAAUUCUCUAUGAUCAAUCUUAAUAAGGGCUCCAGUACCGACUACAAAUCCAUUUUGAACAAUAAUCGGGAUUACAAAAAUGUCGAAAUAAAAAUAUGUACUGCCACUGAAAUCGUAGAUAGUGAUAAUGAUUCUGCCAUGAGCUCAACACAAUCUAGCUACCGGUCGUCAGCAUCAUCACCUUUACACAAUUUAGACAGCAUAGAGUCCGAUAGCUCUCGCCUUUCACCUAGAAUAUCACAUUAUACGACAUACUCACUAGUAAAAGCUGAAAUUCCUGCAAAAUCAGUAAUUUCAGAAAAAACCUGCGAGGAAUACGUUAAACGUAAUGUAUGUCGCUCGGUAUCAUCUGAUACAAAUGUUUCACUCAGUUCUUCAGCGGGAUCGGCAGCUACUUCAGGGUCGCAAGCUAGUUGCAGCUCUUUAGAAAGUUCUGUUGCUGACUCAGAUAAAAGAAAAGUUUCGAAAUCCUGUAAUAUAGAUACCAUCAACAGGCGAAAUAUUUUGGCUUCGGCUAAAUGUAGGAGCGGUCGCGAUGCUACGCUGAAGUCACCCGUAGUGGAAACAAAGUUUUCGCACGAGUCGUACGAGAAAUCACCCAGCCCAACGCGCAAUGCGUCUGAGCGCCUUUCUACACUCACGUCUUCCGUGAGUGCUAUUUCGAAUAAAGGCGAUACCAGACGUCGCAAUAAGGUGAUCGCUGAAACUGAUUCUGACAGCGACCAAGAGGUGAACGUGCGACAAAGAAAAGCUGACUUUAAGAAUUCCAGACUUAAGAGAAAUUCGAGUUCAGCGAAUAAGACCAAGCCGAGCGAAGUUGUCGUAGAAACAGCAAAAGUCGAAGAUCCGCCUAAAGUGAUUUCAGAAACCAUAAUUAAAGAAAUAAAAAAAUCGGGCCUUAACAGCUUUAAUAAUGAUAAUAAUAAAGUUCUAAAACAAGUAGAAAAAUCUAGUGUACAAGAUAAGAAACAUGAUAUAGUACCGACUUUGCGAGAAAAGACCAUAUUGAAAUCAACAGUUUCACCUUGUUCACUCAAUGUUCGAACAAAUCUACCAAUGAAAGAAAACAUUACUUAUAAAAUCAGCAAUGGGAAUGGAUGUUUGAGUGAUAAGAGUGAUCUAAGCUCUUUGGAGGAGAGUAAAUUACCGACGCAAUUAGUUCGGCUACAAAAAGGUGUCAGUUCCGGAGUGGGCCUCAUUUUAGCCGGCGGCAUUGACUGCGAAGCGAAAGAUGUCACGGUACACAGAGUUUUAGCAGACAGCGUGGCAGCGAAAGCUGGAUUAAAAAGAGGAGCGAAGAUUCGCAGCAUUAACAACUGUAGUAUGGUGGGCUUGACCCACGCGCAAACUGUUGCUAUCCUAAAGGAACAACGUGCGGAGGUUGUGAUUGAAAUUGAGAACGAUAUCCAAGAUAACACGAGUAGCGUAACAUGCGGCUCUGACAAUGCGGAGUCGAAGGCUCGUUAUGAGGGCGAGACGGAGAGCGCAGAGCGAGGGUCCGUGGUGACCGUGCUGCUGGACAAGGCCGGCGGCGGCGCCGGGCUCGGCUUCGGCCUCGACGGCGGCCGGGACUCGCCGCAAGGCGACCGCCCAUUAACAGUCAAGAAACUUUUUGCAGGCGGAGCGGCAGCACAAAGUGGACGUAUUCUAGUCGGUGCUGAACUUCUUUCAGCUGGAGGAAUGUCGAUGGAGGGAUUCACGCGUACUCAGGCCUGGGCAGCGCUCAAGGCGCUUCCAGCCGGUCCCGUCACUUUGGUGUUGAGAAACCCCGUAGGGAAAUAACCUACAUUUACUUAAACGCCUGAUUAGGCGAAUACGUAAGAAAAUGAGACUUGUGUGGCCUAUUUAAAUUCAUUAUUGGAGUAUUUUGCUGAAAAUAGGCAGUGCGGGGAAAUUGGAAGGCCUUGGGCUGAAUUAAUUAGGCGACGCUUGCGCGCGAGAUCCGGUUAGCACUCAGCCUAACGAGAGCCGUUUAUCUGAACGUUUACUGAACGGGAGAAUAAAAAGAUGCUAACUGACACCAUUCAAUUUAGCGAAGUGCGUCGGAUGCGAGGGCCCGGCCCGCUCCUUGUACAAACACAAUUUACUCCCUUCAUUUAGUCAGUAGAUUCGAUGUACAUAACGUUGUGCCAAUUUGUCCCUAAACUAAAUGGAAAGAUUACUUUUUAUCGUUUUAGGACCUCUUCGAAGACUGUUUCGUUAUUUUAAAAUAUUUAAACUUUAUUGGUUCAAGCUAAUAGGAAUGUAUUUGCUAGUCUAGACAGUGGAAUGGCAAGCGGAGAUGCUCAUUGCCUGCAUUUUGGCGCAGUACUUAAAGGUAUAAGUGUUUGCAGUUAUCCGAUCUUGUAGAGUGCCAUGUUUGGAUCUGAAAUUUACCUAAUCAUCAUCAGAAUGAUAUCCACUUACAGUAUGUAUAGUCUGGACAAAAAAUUGAGUCACUAAAAUAACUCACAUUCAGAUUUUGAAUUUCUCGCAUUUCUUUAGUGAGUUACGUACUUGUAUGGUUGAGCAGACUACAGAUAUGUAUUUAAUACUACUUUUUAAUAUAUUCUUUCUGGCCAAUCAUUAUUAAAAUUAAAGUUAAAUAUAACUACCUAAUAUAUACGUGUCCUUUCUAUGCCUCCUAUAUGUAUACUGUAUAUUUACUUAUUAUGACUUUAAAAGUCUUUGUUAGUAAUAUUCGUCCACUGAGUAGAUUUACUUUAAUACCUAGUAAAGAAAUCCUCCUCAACAUUUUUUACUAUAUUACCUAUUCUACAAUAUAUAGCGGUACUUGCCAUCGUUUAGGCUAUUUAAGUCUUACUUUACCACUAAUUUGUAGCAAUUAGUCUUAGAAUAUGUUGUACAUAACUAAGAACAUACUUAACUACUUGUUGUCAUUAGUAUUUUUCUAAAUAAAUAUUAUACAAUUUAUUCGCUAUUGUUCAUACUCCUAUCUCUGUUAGCCCUUCGUCUAUAUUGUUAAAGCCUAAAUUGCCUUAUUUAUUGAUUUGAUAAGCGUAAGGAAAAUAAUGUUGCAGACCGUUAAUUUAUAUUUGUACCUAAUUAUGUUAUUAUUUUCUUGUAAUGAUAAUAAUAAUAAACUACUUACUUUCGUC